CCUUGACAACCCGGCCCAAGGUCACAAGGGUUCCACUCCCAUCCCGGACGGUGACAGGGCCGACAGAGCCCCAGCAGGCAGCGCGCCGGGCAGCCCGGCGCUCCGUGACGUCACCGCGCCGCGCCCGAGGAUGGUCCACCCUACGGCCCUACCCAGCCAACCGUGUGCACGCGGCGCUGAGGGACAAAGACAUGGCUUGGGAGCUUCGUUCGCUGCUGCUGUGGGGCCGCAGUCUUCGACCUCCUUUGCGAGCUCCGUUUCUGGUGGCCGCCUCGGGAGGAAAACCAAUUCUGUGUCCUCAGAGAUCCACAGUCCAGCUUAAGAGCCACUGGCAACAGCUAACUUCUAGCUUCUAUGCAAGACAGUUAUACAGCACACAGGCUGCUGAGGACAAGAAGGAAGAGCCCCUGCACUCAAUCAUAAGCAGCACGGAGGUGGUACAGGGUUCUAGCUCCAAACAUGAGUUCCAGGCAGAGACAAAGAAGCUGUUGGACAUUGUGGCCUGUUCCUUAUACUCAGAAAAAGAGGUGUUCAUACGGGAGCUCAUCUCCAAUGCUAGUGAUGCCCUGGAAAAACUGCGCCAUAAACUGGUAUCUGACGGCCAAACAUUGCCAGAAAUGGAGAUUCACUUGCAGACUGAUGUUGAGAAAGGAACCAUCACAAUCCAGGAUACUGGCAUUGGAAUGACACAGGAAGAGCUGGUAUCUAACCUAGGCACAAUUGCCAGGUCAGGUUCAAAGGCCUUUCUGGAAGCACUGCAGAACCAGACAGAGGCCAGCAGCAAGAUUAUUGGCCAGUUUGGAGUGGGUUUCUACUCAGCUUUCAUGGUGGCUGAUAGAGUGGAAGUCUAUUCCCGCUCUGCAACCCCAGGGAGCCCCGGCUACCAGUGGCUUUCAGAUGGCUCUGGGGUGUUUGAAAUUGCUGAAGCUUCAGGUGUUAGAACCGGAACCAAAAUUAUCAUCCACCUCAAAUCAGACUGCAGAGAGUUUGCCAGCGAGUCCCGUGUUCAAGAUGUGGUAACAAAAUACAGUAACUUCGUCAGCUUCCCCCUGUAUCUCAAUGGAAGACGCAUUAACACCCUGCAGGCCAUCUGGAUGAUGGAUCCCAAGGGACUCAGUGAGUCACAGCAUGAGCAGUUCUACCGCUAUAUCACCCAGGCCUAUGAUAAGCCCCGCUACACCCUGCACUACAAGACGGACGCACCACUCAACAUCCGGAGCAUCUUCUAUGUGCCAGAGAUGAAACCAUCCAUGUUGGAUGUGAGCAGGGAGCUGGGCUCCAGUGUGGCACUGUACAGCCGCAAGGUCCUCAUUCAGACCAAGGCUACAGACAUCCUGCCCAAGUGGCUGCGCUUUGUCCGAGGUGUGGUAGACAGUGAGGAUAUCCCCCUAAACCUCAGCCGGGAGCUCCUGCAGGAGAGCGCCCUCAUCAGGAAGCUCCGGGAUGUUCUGCAGCAAAGGCUAAUAAAGUUCUUCAUUGACCAGAGUAAAAAAGAUGCUGAGAAAUAUGCAAAGUUUUUUGAAGAUUACGGCUUAUUCAUGAGGGAGGGCAUUGUGACCACCGCAGAACAGGAGGUCAAGGAGGACAUUGCAAAGUUACUGCGCUACGAGUCCUCAGCACUGCCCGCUGGGCAGCUGACCAGCCUGUCAGACUACGCCAGCCGUAUGCAAGCAGGCACCCGCAACAUCUACUACCUGUGUGCCCCUAGCCGGCACCUGGCCGAGCACUCACCCUACUAUGAGGCUAUGAAGAAGAAAAGCACAGAGGUCCUCUUCUGCUACGAGCAGUUUGAUGAGCUCACCUUGCUGCACCUUCGUGAGUUUGACAAGAAGAAGCUUAUUUCUGUGGAGACAGAUAUAGUUGUUGAUCAUUACAAGGAAGAGAAGUUUGAGAACUCAUCCCCAGCUGGUGAGCGCCUAUCUGAGAAGGAGACUGAGGAGCUGAUGGCAUGGAUGCGAAAUAUACUGGGAUCGAGAGUCGCCAAUGUGAAGGUGACUCUCCGCCUGGACACCCACCCUGCCAUGGUGACUGUGCUAGAGAUGGGGGCCGCCCGGCAUUUCCUGCGUAUGCAGCAGCUAGCCAAGACCCAGGAGGAGCGUGCGCAGCUCCUACAGCCCACUUUGGAGAUCAACCCUGGGCAUGCACUCAUCAGGAAGCUCAGUGAGCUGAGAGAGCAUGAGCCAGAACUGGCUCAGCUGCUUGUUGAUCAGAUCUAUGAAAACGCCAUGAUUGCAGCAGGCCUUGUUGAUGAUCCCAGGCCCAUGGUGGGCCGCCUGAAUGACCUUCUCGUCAAGGCCCUGGAAAAACACUGACGGUCAAAAGCAGCUGCUCCUGCGAUCUGAGAACCAUGUUGCCAGUCUUCCCAAGAGAAGGAGCAGGUGGAGGAGGACUGUACCCAAACUAUUCCCGAAACCCAGCAGAGUUGCAGAGUGAAAAGCUACGUCUGUGUUGUUGAGACAUGACAGAAAGCAGCACACCAAAAAUCAUUUGGGGCACCAAGCCGCUAUGUCCCAGCUGAACUAAAAUGUGAAGGAAGGACACCUACAAGUUGUUUAGUCAAUCCAUAUGCUGCCCGGAAGUCAAAAGGACCAGCGGAGCCUGGAACAACUCUGCUUUGGAGCAGAGAUCCCGCAACCACGAUCCUGCAGGGCGAGGGAUGGGAGAGAAGGUUCUCUUCAGACACACUUGGCCUGGUCAGUGGCCUCUCUACAACCAGUGGGCUUUGACUCAGACUUUGCUUGAGCCAGCCCAGAUGGAGCCUACCACCCCACACCCUGAGACCAUUCAGAAGAGAAAGACAGGGCUGGGGAUACAGCUCAGUGGCAGAGUACUGGCCUGGCAAGCACAAGGUCCUGAGUUUGAUUCCCAGUACCAAAAAUAAAAAGAGGAAAGAUGACCCUAUGAGAA